UCAGAUAAUAGACGUGACGUAUGAACCCCAUUUUUAAAUCGGGUUGCGUUUGGAGUGGAGUGGAGUGUAUUCGGCGACCGCCUACUCGUUUUCUACAGUACUACGGUAUAUAAUGUUUAGGCAGGCAGGCAAUGUACACACCGUGUCUGUAUUGUUAUUACUCAGCCAGGUGAAUCUCGUUAUUGUAUAGUAGCCAGGAUAUAGGUGUUUUCUCAGUGCCAUUUACUUUGCAAUUCUAGUCCAUUUGUAUACCAUUCUAUGAGAACAUGCGAUCCAGUCUUCCUGUGCGUUUGAUGCAUAAUCAUCCAGCAUCAUGUCAAUAGCAAAACCAGCAAACCUCAAUAUCCAGCAAAUGCCUGAUGAGAAUCCAUAUGAACUAUCUCCUGUUGCAUUUGAUGCUGAUGACAUAGAGAUGAGGAAUCAUCUUAAAUUUACUCAGCUCCCUCAGGAUCCUCCUGUUCCAGCUCCAAGACAGAGAACAGAAGAAACUAACUUAUCAACAGAACAACCUCUUUCACCUUCUUAUAAGAAUCCACCUGCUUACAAUGGGAGGCCACAUCAUCAUGGCCACCAUUUCUAUGAAGAGGUGAAUCAGUCUGCUCUUCAAAGACAAAGCAAUAAACCAUCUGUAUAUGGUUCACCUAACAGUCUUCCUACUUCACAUACAGAAGUGGAUCAAGCCAUUCUCUUCCAGCAAAGCACUACUAACUCACUUGCUCAGCUCACAGAAUCUGUUGAGAAGAAACCAAGAAAGAAAACGAACCCUCUGUAUGACAGCUAUAGAAAUGAAGAUGAUGACACACUUGAUACCAGGACAUACCCAAGUCAAUCAGAUCCUGUCAAACCUAAAAGUCCUGGUAGUUGUAUUGGUUCGGUGCUGAGGCAUCCAUGUACAAUCUUCUUAUUGAUUGCUGUUAUCAUUACAAUCAUUGUCUUCUUUGUUCUUCUCUUACUUGGCACCAUAACUUCAAAAGGUGAGACGGCUGCACGGACCCAGAAUGAAUCUAGCAGUGAAAUAACACAACUCAGAAAACAAGUGGUUGAUCAAAACACUCUCAUCAAUAGCAUGAUGCAGAAGAUAGAGAGACUUGAAAUGGCUAUCAUUAACCCUGGUAAUGAAAAUGCAUCACUGGAUAUAAGAGUGGCACGGAAUACUUACAUGUUGAUGACCUUGAAUGAAUCUCUCUCAGAGUCCGAUAGAGAACUUGUGGAGGUCAAAGAGACAGCAGAACUAGCACAUCAACAAGCAGCAAGCACAAUCUCUACGCAGGUUGCAUUCUUGAAUAGGAUUACCUUACUAGAGAAUCAAACACAGACACUUGAUGGACAGGUGAAAUCACUGAGAGGUAGUCUACAGACCCAUAGUAUGAGCAUUGUCGGCAUAGAGAAUGACAAUCAAGAACAAGACAAUAAGAUUACAAUACUGAACAGUGAGAUCAGUGUAGUACAGCAAUCGUUCAUGACACAAUUCUCAGAGUACAAUAACAGUAUCUACCAAGAGUUAGAGACUAUCAGUAAGCUGCAAGGUCCUAGAGGUUUCAAUGGAAGUGAUGGAGCAUCUGGCAUGUCAGAUCUGGCUCAAUGUUCUUAUGAAACAUUGAAUAAAGGCUCAGCAAUCACACAAACAACAACAAUCACUAAUGCGAUCUCUGCUGAUGGAGUGACGGAGAUCUUAACAGGUGUUUCAUGCUCAACAUUGAAUGGAGAAAGAGCCCUCUUGAGAACAACAGGUUCCGAUCCUGUAUCUUUUACUUGUGAAUGUAGUGGAGCUUUUGCAGCAGGACAGACUAGUAGAUACUGUUACAUACACUACUGGAGAUGUCCUGUUAUGGCUUAAACAAGUAAAUACUAACUUACACUACUGAAGAUGUCCCGUUAUGGCUUAAACAAGUAAUACGUUUACUUACACUACUGAAGAUGUCCCGUUAUGGCUUUAACAAGUAAUACGUUUACUUACACUACUGAAGAUGUCCCGUUAUGGCUUUAACAAAUAAUACGUUUACUUACACUACUGAAGAUGUCCCGUUAUGGCUUUAACAAGUAAAAACUAACUUACGCUAUUGAAGAUAUUAUAUAUAUGUGACAACAAUUUUAAUGACGUUACAAUAUACGCCCCAAAAGAAUAGUUGCCAAUGUUUUAAUGACACCUUGGUUUUAAUGUAUUUUUUCAAUGCAUCUUACUGUAAUUUAAUUUGGGAUAUGAACCAUGAAAAAUGUUAUUGUUUAUAUGAUUAUUCUGUUCCUGAUUAGAAUUGCUCAAGGAGUUUAUAGUAUAUUCCUGUAGUGCCAUCAAAGUGCUUUAAAUGAAAAUUCCACCAAACAUUGUUAAAAUUGAGACUCCUUGAAUUAGAUUUGGGUGAUGACCGGCAGCACCUUUGAGUUUUUAAGGUUAGAUAUGGUUUAGAAGCUUUAACAUUGAAUAUUUCAAUUUUAUUCUAAAUAGUUUCUUACUUACUGUCUGGCAUUUGGCAAAUAUAACAAAUGAAUAAAACUGACUUAUCAAUAUAAUGUUAAUAUUGAUAUUGUGUCUAAUGAUAACGAAUAAAAUGAGUCAUUGAUACAAAGGGGGUUGUGUAUUAUCAUAAGCCUCUGAUUUCAAGUUGCUUAAUCAGAUCCUUAUCCAAGGUUCAACACUGAUAUGUGUGUUACAGCAGUUGGAAUGAUCUUUCAACAGUAGGUGAAAUCCUGCCAUGUGGAAUAUUGAUUUCCAUUUGAUAAUCAGGUUGAAUGCCAGAGAAUAGUGUAUUAUAUCCCUGCUAAUGUUGAGCCCUGUCCUUUUUUUCCUAAUAGAAAUGAAAUGAAUAUACUGGAGAAGCAUAGAUGAAUUGCGAUUGAAAGAUCUUUGUUCAUAUGCAUGAGAAGAAACACCUCUACUAGCUCCCCAUUUAUCAGAGGUAAAUCAUAUGAGCGAUCAUAGGUCAUGCAAAUCACUAAAAAUAGUAUUUAAGGAUGUGGGAUUCGUUGCUUUUUGAAACUGCCAAAGUACCAAAUUAGAUUCUUUCAUGGAAAUAUUAGCAUUUAUGUUUAACAUUUGUAUAUCUAUUGCAUUGUAUGUAAAGGAUUUACGCUUUGAAAUUCCAGAUGUGUAUGCUUGCCAUGUAAUGUAUAUCAAUAAUUAUGAUUUAUUGACCUUUAUCUUAGUGUAAAAUGUGUAUUGUAAGAAAUGUCAUUGAUACAUGUAGUAAAAUUCCUGGACUAAGUACAAACAAGGAACCUUGAAAUAACUCCUGGACAUUUCAAAAUACAAGAAUGUUAUCUAUUCUGCUAUGAAGACAGAUUUAAUCAGUCUUCCAUAAUAAUUGUUAGUUCAAAGUAUUGUUCAUGUGAAUAUGAGUAGGCAAUACAUACAAUAUUUGCUUCGAGAUCCCCCCCCCCCAAAAAAAAAAGAAUCUGGAACAAAUACUGAUAAAAAUAGAUUUUGUUCGAAUGUUGUAAAUUUUAUUACGGUACUUGUAUGUGAAUAAAUCUUUGUGCAGC